AAAAGGAGAGGAGCGGGGAGGGGAAAAAAAAAAGGUUGUCUUUUAGGCCGGUGCGGAGAAACGAGAGGGUCGGGCGGAAAAUGGCUACCGGGCUGGGGUCGCUGUUGCGCGAGUGCCCGCUGCUUCUGCCCCAGAAUCGGGAAGGGACUGUCUAUGAGGGCUUCGUCACCGCCCAGGGCAGAGACUUUCACAUAAGGAUAUUGCUACCAGUGGAUCUUCAGCUGAAAAAUGCCAGGAUACAGUGUAGCUGGCGGCUGAAAAAGAUAUUGAGUGGAUAUCAGCAGAUUCUAAAACAGAGAUUGCAGCGCUCUUCAGAUCUGGUCAGUUUCAUGAUGGAGCUGAAGACACUUUUGGAAGUGGCUUUGAAAAACACACAGGAACUGCAUGCACCACCACCUCCACAAUAUUACUCCAGUCUCAUCAGAGAUAUAGAAACCUUGGGUUGGAAUAAGGUGGUGUUUGUGGAUCCCGGUUUUAGUAUCAUCAAGCUAAAAGCAGAAGAUUCCUGCAGUCGGGCUCAUCUAAUCACCUUGAAAUUAAAUCCAAAGUAUCCCACUGAACCACCAGAUUGUCUUGUGGAUUUACCAGUUCAGUUUGCUGUUUCCUGGAUUUCACAGGUCACCUUAAUGGAAACAUUGACAAGACCCUUGACUCAAACAGUGCAAAUGUCAUUGUUGGAAUACCAGCACACUCUUGUUAAAGAGAAUGUAAAUAGAUUUCAGAGCUCCUUAUUAAGCAUUCAUAGUCAGUUCUUGGCUGCAUUAGAAUCAUUGAAGGAGUUUUGGAAUGCUCUAGAUGAAAUUGAUGAGAAGACCUGGGUAAUUGAGCCAGAAAAACCCACACGGAGUGCCACAAUGCGAAGAAUUGCAGUUGGAAACAACGUUUCAAUUAAUAUUGAUGUAGAUCCCAGACACCCAACGAUGCUUCCUGAGUGUUCCUUUCUUGGAGCAGACCACGUGGUAAACCCCUUGAAAGUCAAGCUGAACAACAACAUACAUCUAUGGGAUCCAGAAACCAGCUUAUUAUCAAAUUUGAAAGAGGUUUUAGAAAUUGAUUUUCCAUCUCGAGAAACUCUGGAAAAAUCUGACUUCUCUAUGGACUGUGGGAUCUGUUACGCUUAUCGACUUGAUGGGGUUACUCCAGACCAAGUUUGUGAUGACUCCCGCUGUGGCCAGCCUUUCCAUCAAGCUUGUUUAUAUGAGUGGCUACGUGGUCUCCCUUCUAGUCGACAAAGCUUUAACGUCAUAUUUGGUGAAUGUCCAUAUUGUAACAAGCAAAUCACAUUGAAAAUGUCUACAAAGAAAAUCUGAAACUUCAAAGGAUCCCUUACUACAUAUUUCUGCAGUCUAACCCCUGAUGAAGGUGAUCUCAAAGGAAAAACCAAGCAAAGAAUAUGAAGACAAUAAGAACAGCUAUGGCUAUAAUGUAUUGUUUCAAUUCUUCACUUAGUACAGGUGAUGAAGUAUUAGGAACAGAAGAGCUACUCUGAUAGUAGCCAUCUUCAUUUAGUACAGGUGAUGAAGUACUGCAAUCAGAAAAAGAGCUAGUCCGUGUUUGAUAGCAGCUUUGUUGACCAACUGGUGAAUAUGCAAAUCCAUUCCCUACGGAGUGAUCUUCAAUUUUCUGGAAGGUCUUGUGGAGUGGUUCUGUUCUUUCCUGAAGAAGAAGAAAGGAGAGUCCAUCCUUUUAAUUUGGACUUAAAUAAAAGCAAACACUUACAUCUGA